AUGGACAAUUCAAGUCACGCGGACGUUGGAACCAGCAGAGCAAGGCGUCUUCUGUGUUUUGCUGUGCUGUUUAUUGGAAACACUUUUGCCUCUUGCUGCAUAUCGCUUUUGGGACCUUUCUUCCCCGUUGAGGCAGCGAAGAAAGGUGCAUCUAAGACAGUUGUAGGUUUCAUAUUCAGUUGUCCGGAGUUGGUCGUGUUUCUCACAUCACCGCUUUUUGGAGCCCUGCUGUCCGAGAUCAGCCCCCGUUUCAUGUGCGUCAGCGGAUUAUGGGUGUUUAGUAGCUGCGUGAUAUUAUUCGGAUGGUUGUCCAAAUCGCCACCAGGAUGGAUCUUCAUUGGCCUGUGUUUUGCUACUAGAGUGGUGGAGGCUCUAGGAACCGCCAGCUACAUGACGUCAUGUUUGACAAUUGCAGCGGGACUUUUCCCAGACAGGAAACCUACGAUAUAUAGUCUUCUAGAGAUCGGGGUUACCGUUGGUUUCGCUGUUGGACCAGCCAUUGGGGGCUUUCUUUUCGAGUGUGGAGGGUACGCUAUGCCGUUCUGGACCCUGGGAGGAUGUUUGUUCAUCGUUGGUGUCGCUACUCUCAUUUUCCUACAACAAAACGAACACCACGAGCACAGUCAAGUCAGUCCGCAGUCAACAUUCUUGUUAUUGAGAAGCCCACUGGUUUCUCUUGGAGUUCUAUGUUUAACCUGUAACUGCUAUGUGUUUACUGUGUGGGUCCCAGGCUUUGCACAACACCUGCAGCAGUUCGGUUUGAAGACAAGCACCAUCGGAUUGCUGUUUCUCACACUACCUUUGACAUAUAUCACCGUAUCUCUAAUCUUUAGCUUCCUCAUACCACCCAAGAUACCUGACAUUCCGAUCAUCUUGACAAGCCUAUCGGCGCUGAGUGUUGCAAUGCUUCUUUAUGGCCCUGCACCCUUCCUGACAUUCCUCCCGAGAGCUCUCUGGUUACAGAUUUUCUCAACAGUCUGUAUGGGAUUUUUCACCCUCUUUGUUUACAUUGGUGCAAUAUCGUGUAUAUUCACCGGCAUAAGGUAG